AUGAAGCGGAACGGCAGAAAGAGGUGCUGUUACUGGCGAGAGAAGACUUUUGGAAAGACACGGAACCAGCAGUAUUCGUGUCGUCUGGACGUCGUGGGGCUCCUGGAGGUCAUGGUAAUGAUCAUCAAGCACCUACAACUACUAAGUAUCGUGGUCGUACUUCUUGUGGUAGUGGAUCUAGUUUGCAUCCAGUUCCACCACCUCCCGCCUGCUACGGAGGAGAAACUACAGCAAGCGGAAUUAGAACAACAAGAACUUCUACAUCACCCAAUCGGCGGCCUUCGCCAGUAG